AUGAAGUUCAUCGACGAGGUCGACAUCGAGUUGGUCAACCAGGAGCUCAACUUCCACUCGCCCGACAACAACCUCACCAUCAAGGGUGGGUGCGACCUCUUCACCACCAAGGCCAUCGGCUCCGACCGCAAGUUGUUCAAGACCAUCGACAAGCACUUGGACCAGAUCAUGGAGGACCAGCUAUUGUCGCAGUCGCUCGACAGGGAGCGCAAGCAGUCCGUGCACUCGCUCCUCGGCUCCAGCGCCUCGCCGCAGCAGCCGCACUUCUGGAGGCGCGGCAGUCUCCAGCCCGAGCUGUUCGACCGGCCCGCGUCCUUCAGCGACCACCUGGCCUCGUUCCACAAGUCCGACGGCACCUUGGCCGACGGCAAGGCGCCCGUCUGCCGCAAACUCGCCGCGCCCAGUCUAGAGGACAACGGCGAGGAGUCCGCCAUUGACGAGUCGCCCUUCGGGCCGUUGCGCAACACGGCCACCAGGAAGACGUUCGCGUACCUCAUCGCCAUCUUGAACACGACGUACCCGGACCACGACUUCUCCAACUUGCAGCCCUCCACCGAGAACUUCUACCGCGUCGACUCUGCCGAGAGCUUGCGGCACCGCUUCAACAGCAUCAUGGUCUCGCUCGGCAAGAAGGAGGACUUGCUCAGCUGGGUCUGGGACACCAUCAACGCCUACAUGGACCUCGUCCCCUCGCGCUCGCCCUCGUUGGCGGCGCAGGGCGGCGCGGGCUCCCGCAAGAACAGCUUCAACCAGCCCCACGCGGGCUCGCCGGGGCCCAUGGACCCGGCGUUUCUCGCGGCCGACACCGCGUGCAAGAUAUACGAGUUCCAGCCCUCGGACCAGUCGAUAUUGGAGGACUUGCACCACCCUUUCCAGACGCUAUGGUCCAACUACUGGUUCAUCUACAACAAGAAGAAGAAGCGCGUGUGCUUCCUUUACUUGACCGCCAUCACCAGGGGGCACCAUCUGCAAAUCGCCAGAACGGCCACGCCGCCGGUAGGCAUGGACUCCCGCGGCGCCAGGAGGCAGCGCGCUGCAAGUGAGGACAGCGCCUACCACGACGACUACGAUGAAAACAUGGACGACGCGUCCAUGGGCGCAGACGAGGAGGACGACGCGUUGACUGACGAUGUCGUGGGGGACAUUGAGAUCUAG